UCCACCGCCCGGUGGCGAGCCCGGUAGCUCCCCGCAGCGGUGGACCCACCGGAUCACAGUCAAGCUCGGCCUUGAAGGGGCUAAGCCGCCCCUCCCCUUUAUGGCCUCUAUGAAAACCCGGCAGAAUUGGAUCGCUAUGGCCAGAUUCUGCCCCAGUCGGACCGUUGCACGUUCCAGGACCCGGUUGCUGAGCCUGGGUGCGGAGUAUGGGACGGUCGGAAGCUGCAGCCUGCGAGUGGGCGGGGCGAGCAGGCCUGGGAGGGCUCAAACGCAGGUGGAAGGAUACGCGAGCCUUGGCCGGAACUACUUUCUGGAGGAGGUCACGUGUGGUCCUAGUUGGGGAACUUUCCAAAUUCCCAUUCCCCAAUCUGAAUGGUCCCCCACCCCGUGUGAGCAGCUGGACCCCAGCUCUCCUCUCAGGUCGGAGCGAAAGAUAGAACCCACGAAGCGGUUGCAGGAGCGCUGUCGGGGCCAAGCGCCUGGGGAGCUGGUUACACAAGCACCCACAUCCAAGCACGUGCCCCCGCCAACCCUCGCUGUUGGCCGCUGCCGGUUUAUGCACGCUGACGCGGAGAGUCCCCAAGCUGUUCCUCCCUUUUGCUUGCAAUCCAUAGAAGCGAGCCAGAAGGCCGGGAUAGGAUACGAGACUCCCACUCUGGGUCUGCCCACACCGCGCGUUCCCAACCG